CACAAGGUCUGAAGCAGACUGUGUGGGUAGGACGACUUGGUCGGCAGCAGACGUUGUGGGUAACGUCUGGUCUGAAGCAAUCGACGUCGGUAACACAAGGUCUGAAGCAGACUGUGUGGGUAGGACGACUUGGUCGGCAGCAGACGUGGGUAACGUCUGGUCUGAAGCAAACGACCUCGGCAACACAAGAUAAACACCCGACAAUUUUAGCCAACACCAACUCUCAGUUACGACGACGACGACGACGACGACGACGAAGACGACGACGAAGAAUGGUGCAAUGUCCUAUGGACGGAAAGCCGGUUACUUUGAGGGAGUGGCGGAAAAAAUCUGUGGAGUUGGACUAAGCAUCGCAUUUAUUUCUCUAUUUGGAUUGUCCUGUGUGAGCAAACAUGGCGUCACCGCCGCCACAGAUUUUGCGUCGGCCUGUCACAGUUCCUACUAUAACAAUCCCGAAUGCAUAGACCAUCCGGACGGGUAUGGCUGCGAGUGUGGGUCCGGCUUUCAUUGGAACACGGAGCAGUGCAUGUCCACCGCCAUAGACUCCCGGUUGGAGUUUAAGGAGAAGGAGCCGAAGCGGUACACGUUGCUGCUAGGGAAAGGAUUUCCGAGGGUAGAGGCAUUUACCAUAGUGUAUUGGAUUCGACUGAGCAAGAAUCAUUCUGCUUCCAAAAAUGGCACAAUUCUCUCCUACAAACAGGGAACCACUCUUGAUAUUAUUCAGAUGGGAGUCGACCACAGACUCUGGUUUCGGCUGUUUGACCGAGUGAAAUACACCAAGAUCAUUCUUCCGGCCGGCGAGUGGGCCCAUGUAGCUUGGACAUGGAACAAGAAAGAUGGUUCAUGGAAACUGUAUUGGAAUACCGAAGAGGUAAACAGCGGCCGAAGGAACGCUUUCCGGAAGUUCGUACCCGGGGGAGGAGAGUUUGUACUGGGCCAGGCGUCCCGGGAAGCCUUUGAUUUCGACUCAAGUGUUGCAUUCAUGGGUGACCUGGCUCAUCUCCACGUGUGGGAUUUUGUCAUGAGUCACGAUGAUAUCGUCUGGCUAAACACCUCAUGUACGUUCAUGUAUUGUGGAAAUGUCGCUCAGUGGGCAGACUUCCGGAGUGGAACUCGAGGUGCCAUGCGCAUGAGAUGGCCUUCCGGUAUCCUAAAAGAGAAAUGUAAGACGGCUGAAGAGGAGGCAGUCACAUGCAACAAACACUGCAGUCUAACUAUAGGUGCGCAAUGCAAUAAGGAUAUCGUUGAAAAUAUAGUUUGGGAGAGGACGAAAGCUGUCAAUUAUCUCAACGUAUCAUGUCCUGGUCAGACGAAUCUGGAGGCCAUGAACGAAACUGUAGAGAACGCCACAAGACUUUGUGAACAGACCCCACAGAAUGACGGGAUUUGGGGAAGGCCUUUCAUAGACAAGUGUAUCUCAGAGGACCUGAUGGAAAUCAAGGACAAAGUUAAGAGGGCUUUUAAAGGACCAGAUAUAAAUGAGAGCGUAGUCUUCUAUCUUGCCGAAUUGUUGUUAAACCACACAAUUAACAACGUGUAUACCAACCCUAUAGACGUGGCUACAGUCAUAGACCUACUGGAUCUCAUAGUGGACACUCAGGAUGAGGUUUCUAUCCUCCAAGAGAAGAAAUGGAGAGAAGGACGAAAUGUUUAUGCCCAAACUGUAAAUGUUGUUAGAACAAAGGAAGAAACUAAAAACUUCACAGAGGUGAUAAUUCGGACGGUGGACAAUCUGUUGUCACGGAGAAACGAUGUGGGAUGGAACGCUACAAAACCGGCCGGUGUCGAAGGGGACAAUUUACUCAGUGCUCUGGAAGCCUUCGCCCGGACCGUUGCCAAGACGAUUCAGUAUAACAUACAUAUAGGAACCGUCGAUGUCAAUGAUGCGUCUAUUUUCGAAGCCAAAGGCAACAUCGAAUUCAAAGUUGAUGUGCACGUGUCGAAGCUAUUUCGAGGGUAUACCUAUCCAUCUAGCCUUGACCGUAAAUUGAUGAAAACACCAAAUAAUCUCGGGGAGAUAAGAUUGCCUGAUAUUUUAAAGACACAAAAUGCAUCGACCAUACCCGCCUUCAUUUUGACUGCCAGUUUUCGCUUCAAACAUCUUGCCAUGUAUCUGCCAAAUCACGACCUUCUAACGAAGAGUAAGGAGGACAAUGUGAAUACUCCUAUUAUUGCCCUCUAUGUUUACGCUGGAGAGGCAUCCUUUGUCAAUAAUCUAUCAUCUCCAAUAGUGUUCAAACUACCGUUCCUUGACACUUUCAACAUAUCUAACCCGGAAUGUGUCCGUAUUAGGCAUAGUUCAAUAUCAGCUGAGUGGCGCUGGCUACGAGAUGACUGUCACCUGAUUUGGCAGGACGGAAUAUCAGCGCUAUGUGGUUGUUAUAUUCCUGGUAUCUACGCUAUCACAACAGACAUGUACAACGAUAACUGGGACAAAGGAGAAAAACGUCCAAUACUAAUGAAUGCGGCGUCUUAUAUUGGUUGUGCACUGUCUGCCCUUUUGUGCCUUGGCACUUUAGCCAUCCAUCUCUACUGCAAAACAUCGUCUGCCAUAGCUUCGCUCCAUAAAAAUCUAGCCCUAUCGAUUUUCUUCAGUCAGAUCGUAUUCAUGAUAGGAAUAGAUCGAUACGAAAAUCAAGUUGUAUGCGAGGUCUUUGCUGUUCUCAUCCAUUAUUUCGUACUUUCGACCUAUUCCUGGUUGAUGAAUGAAACUUUUAAUUUGUAUACAACGGUGACAUACUCUGCCCAUGCACAACAUCAAGAUUUAUCGGAUUCAGGAUCUUUUCUGCGCUAUACGUUUUUAGGAUGGAUCCUACCAGGAGUGUUUGUUGGUGCUUUUGUGGGAUCGCAAGGUGAAACUUAUUACGCCAAAGAUAUGUGCUGGAUUGCCUGGGACAACCUGUGGUUAUUUGUGGGGCCAACACUUGGUAUAGUUACGGUGGCAAUCAUGGUUUUGAUACUAACAGCAAAGGAACACAACGAAAACUCAUAUACCAAGAGUGAAAAGACCAAUAAAGUACUAACGAUACAGAUGAAAGGGAUGUGGACCCAGAUCAUACUGGUCACUGUUAACUGGUCCUUCGCCUUCCUAUCCCUAAAGAUGCAUGACUCGAUCAUCAAGUACCUAUAUGCCCUUAUGAAUGUUUUACAAGCGAUGUUUUUUACGGUAUUCAACCUUCUCCACGAAGAGAUUCGAAACGUGCUUAAGGCUAACGAAAAGCUGAAGACACUGUCUACUCCAGGUAUUGAUCCUGAAGUGGACGAACGCUCCAUCGACUCAUUUGCAUCCACUCCUCUUGUCGAAAAGGAUAUGAAAGAUGUACUGCCUUUGGAGAAAAAGCGCAUGGGUAGAGAUCGUAGCCGAGACAAGAAAUCCCAGAUCGAAGCAAGCAGUGAGGAAGAGAUCGAGCGGGAAGGAUCAGACUGCGAAAUGAUAACUAGUCUGUGAUCGAAAGAGAAGAGUAUUGAUACGUGACGAACCGAACUUUUAUCUGACGUAUUUGAUCCUAGCACUGUUAUACAUUUGUUACAACAGAUAUGUUAUAAAUUUGCUGCCGAAAUGUAAUAAACAUGUUACUUACUUGUCUGUUUAAACUGAAAUAUACACUAUGAUUCUGUAUACUUUUUGUAUGAUUAAUUCAUUAAUCUAGUUUUCUUAAGGCAUUUUAACAAUUUCCAAAGUGGUAAUAUAUUUUGAAAAUCUUAUUGCUACAUGACGUGACGUUAAUGUUCUUACAACUGUAUCCACAGCUUCUGUGAUGAUAUACCAACCGUAUAGACUUCAUUCAUUGAGCGGUUAACAUGACAGGUAAAAUCAUCCCUUUAGUCCGUACCCGGCCUGGUGUAGUGUAUCAGUUUGAAUUAUUCCUUGUCAAAAGGCUAUCAAAAAUCUGAUCAUAAGACAACGUGUAAAAUAGCAAUCAUAAAUCAUUAUAAAUCCCAUUUUAGCGUUUUGGUUCUUCAAGUUCUCGGAAUAUGUCUGUAUAAGUAUACUUGAAAAGCCUUUAAAAGGUUGAAAGUCGAAAGUUCAAAUCAGUCAUGUGUACCUAUUUUUAGAAUACCACUCUUUAUAAAUUAUGUGGGGAUAUUUCACAUUUACGAUUGGGUAUAUAUGUUUGUUAUGGUUAUAUAUGUAUAACAGAUAUGGACGCUAGACUUCAUUUCAAAAUAUUUUAUUAAAUCAAAAAUAUUUAACGGCACUUGGGCAAGAGGCAAUGUCAAACAAUAAUAGGAUUAUGGUUUAGCCAUAUACAUGCUAGCACUGGCUUGGAAUAUUAAGUAUUAAAGAAAAAUCAAAGUAAGGAUUGACACGUAGUAGAAGUACACACCAAUAAGUGUAUAUUGAAAAUGCUAGGUAAAUAAACCGUCAUUAUGCAUGGAUGCCUUCGUCAUACGAUGUUAACAGAAGUUGUUAUAAACUGAUACGGGUACACCUGGUUAUAGAUGAACAAGGACUAGUAAAUUUAAACAAGUGUAUGCGUCGUACAGUAUCCUAAAGGGUGCAUGAAAUAGAUGUUGUAUAAUCAGCGGAGUGAGGAUAGGACGAAAAAGUCAAGUAAGGACGAUUUGACCAGGUAAAUAGAAUAUUGCACCAGAGCUGUGACGGCUUUACGUUGUUGUAUUACUAUUACAAUACCGUAUAGGGUUCGGCUGCUAACUUCACAACAAACUAAGCUAGAAAACAUAGAGACAGAAGUCAUUUAACUACAGCUGUUAGGUCACGUUUUCACGUUUUUCUUACGCUGGUGGUUAGUUUAUUCCAUAAGCAAAGAUUAAUCAGAUAAAAAAAACCCUGUGUAGCCGAUGGAAUGUUUGUGUACAUUAAACUAUCCUCUAGUAUUGUACCGCAAAUAGUCCUGUACGUGCGUGUGUACAACCUCUAUUAUCGUACUACAAGUGUAUUUGUGUUUGGGAAGAUUGGGGUAAGGUCAUUUGGGUGCUUUAGGGUGUGAGUUUUAUUCAAUUGAAUUCAAGUAUGAAUGUAUGAACGCUUGUGUGCUGUAUCCGAAUUUUUUAAAAAGAUUUUGACAAAUACGUUUCAAUAAAACUCAGUCGGAGUGUCAACAGUGUAAAAUAAAGCUUCAUACGAUGUAUGUAAUGUUGGUUGGAAAGCCAUCCAACAAAUAAUUGUGUCAUUUUGUGAGCUUUUUUUAUUGUUUUGUUGUUCGACCAAUAUCAUCAUA